AUGAAACGAAUCGCACACCGAGAUGUAAAACUGGAAAACAUAUUCGUUACCGAAGGCUUUGAGUUAAAACUUGGUGAUUUUGGGAUUUUCAAACGGUUCGAGGAUGGGAAAGAAGUAGCGAUUGAUAACGCUGGCACCCCAAACUACAUGGCCCCUGAGCUGUUAGAAACUAGCAGUCAACUGAGUGAAGAUGAUCUCUAUCAAUGUGAUGUUUUUGCUGCUGGUCUCGUGCUUUGGGAGGCAACAUUUAGAGAGAGACUCCCCAACUCAUCAUCAGGAAACUCCCCAAUUACUCUUCAUUUCCCAUCAACAACCUCACCAGAUGUUCAACAGUGUUUCGAUUUAAUUGAAAGAUGUUCAUCUUCUAAAAUUUCGAUCAAAUCUCGUCUAACAACUGAACAAGCCUUAUUGGAAGUGGAAUCACUGGGCGAGGUUAUUCAA